AUGCUUAUUGUGAUCAACAUGGACGAGAUACAAGAUAAAGAGAAACAUAUAAUUAGAUUAAUGAAGAAGGCCAAGGAUUUUGAAGAAGAUGUUUUUGAAUCUGAACAAAGUUUCAUAGAGGAGCAAAAUUCUUUUAAAGACCAAUUGAAAAACCAAAAAGAAAGAAUGUGUACACUACAAAAAGAAAUAGUCGACGCAGUGGAGAAGAACAAAAACCUUUAG